GGAACAGGCAUGACUCAUGCCUGAAGGACUAUCUUUCAUAAGAGAAAGUUCAGAGUCCCAUUAAAGGCACAAAAAAAAACUCACCCAGGACCACCAAAGCACUGAUCGCAGCUGUGCCAGAUGCAUGAAGUGGCAUCAACGCCGGCGGCUUAAGCACCCCUGCACCUCCUCAUCUCCAUAUUCUCCUCCUCCUCCAGUAUCCAAUCUCCUUCAGCCCUCCACCACAUCACACAUAUAGUCUUUCCCCACAACACCCACACAAACACAGGGACACACAUUCCUUCUUCAUUCUCUCUCUCUCUCGUACACACACCCUCCUGCCUGGGGAUUUGAAGAUGUGACUGACUGAGGCUGGUUUGUAAUCAGAUGAAAGACGAGUAUAAUCCCGAAGCUCCCUCCAUCUUUUUCACUGCUGGAGUGGGGAUGCUGAAGGAGAGGACAAGGGCCAGGAUGGGUGACGUGUGACGGAGAGAACUGUGCCGACGGAUCCUGCCUUUAUAAGGACCUGGACUGACGCUGCACUCUUGGGAGUCUGGGAUGACCGCAGAGACCAUUGAAGAGAGAGUGGACGGGUAAAGACGGGGCAGAGAGGACAUCAAAGGGAGCUUCAUCUGUGACUGGGACACAAGCAGAUAUCCAAUGGCUGAGGCUGGUCACACUGUGUCACUCCCACCAGGAGGCACAGUCCCCUCCAACCCUGUUGUCACAGUUGAGUGUAGUUCAGCAGAGGUGAAGCCUGAAGAUGUACCCCUGAAGAGCUCCAAUAAAGCAUCGUGCUCCCCAAAAAACCUCAAGGACAGCAGCCAGAUACAAGUAGUCACUGAUACAAGUGGUCACUGUCUUUUUGAGUCCCACGUGUCUGACGGUGUGUGUUUACAGCCGGUGAACCAUCAGAAUAAACACACGUGUAGGGGUUCACUGACAGUGCACAAAGAACAUGUCUUAUCUCCUCACAAAGACCUACAAGAGCACAGUCUGUUAUCAAUACAAAGAAGCCACUCAGACAGCUUGCAGAUUUUUAAAGAGGCCACAGCUUCUCCUCUCUUCUGUGAAACGGGUGCAUCAUUUUGCCAAGGACGAGACCAGGAUGUUUGUGCACAAUCGUUUCCUUCUUUAGUGUGUAAACAGGCCUUGCCACUUCAGCAGAGCAAUACGGUGACCACGUCCACCAGAGCAGGAAGUAGCGGAUCGGGCAGCCCAACUCAACCAGCCAGGCAUGGCUUCAUUCAGAUCUGUGAAGUCAUUCCAGAGCCCACCUGCCCCAAAUUCGAAGAAGCUGUUUGUUGUAACUCACACUUCCACCACGGCGCCGUCGAGGACACUUUUGCGGCAUAUUGCCACCCACAACCAAUUCCUGCCCCGGCGCAGCUGCUUCCACACUUAGUAGGAAUGGAGGAGAACUACAAGGGCCAAGUAUCAGCAGGCAACCUGCUCGCUCUCCCUCGGCUCAUGUCUUCUGUGAGUGAGACCGGAUUGGACGGUAAGCGUCUCCUUCGCUGCUGCAAUUUGGACUGCUCUUGGCCUGCUCCGCUGCGUCCAGUUGGUGCCCAACAGUGGGUGGAUGAAAAGGCCAAGAGGGAAGUGGGGACCAUGACCACAGAAAAAGAACUAAGAGAUGUAGGAGUGCAAGUGGGACAAGACUCAGAGGAACAUCCCCAGCAUGUGUUCCCAGAAGUGUGCCUGCUUAAGGAGAGGACGAAUACGAGUGGCAAAGCUUCAUCAAAGAGUCAAAAGUCUCCAGUGAGGGAGGUGAAAUGGGAUGCCGAGGGCAUGACCUGGGAAGUGUACGGAGCCUCGGUUGAUCCUGAAGAACUCGGACUUGCGAUUCAGAAACAUCUAGAGAUACAAAUCAAAGAGACUAAGGGAAUAGCGGAGAAGCUCACACGCCAGAACACGACAACAUCCCAGCACAGCUCAGGAUCGACCCAGAGGAGAAAAAGGGGGUUGUUGGGGUUGCUGCGCCGUCCGGUCUGCUGUUCUCGCACCACCGGUGCAAUGGACUAAAGAACCUACAUGACCAAACAGACAUUUUAAAUACUCUUGGGAAUAAAUUUAACAGCUAAGUAAAUGUUGAAAAUAGGGAUUUUUUUUUAGCAACAGUACUUUCCGUCCUUGAAUUACAGAGCUGGGUAAUACAUUUCAGAUAAAUCAUGUCUUCCUUUAUUUUUAACACCUCACUUAUGCUCUAGUAGUUUGCAUAGUAGAUUUAAGAACUUUUUAUAAUUUAGAGAAAGAUUGUUGGUUAUUUUAUAAUAGUUAACUGCUCUUUGUUUUUUGUUUUCCAUCAGCAAAACAUAAUGAUUAUAGUUCCUGUGUUGCAUUAGUCUAUGUGGAAAUAUCCAUUCAAUGAAAAACUUUUAUUGUUUAAUUCUGUGGAAGCACUGUGAUGGAGGUAAGAGAAUCCAGUAACUGUGGCGCUACCUGCUGGUCAACGCAUGACAGUAAGACAGAGGGUAUCAGAAAUACAGUACCUGUAACAAUAGUAAUUUAAAGUAAAAUACUAUUUACAAUACGCGUUUGUUCGAAGAUAUAGGGUUUGUAAGGUUUUUUUGUUUGUUUGCUUUUGAAAGAAGACUAUUUUGCUCACCAAGACUGCAUUUAUUUGAUCAGAAUACUAUAUAACAGCAUUUAUUUGAAACAUAUCUUUUUUAAUAUUAUAAAAGUCUUUACUGUCACUUUUGAUCGAUUUAAUGCAUCCUUGCUGAAAAAAAGCAUUCAUUCUUUCAAUAUAUAUAUGACCCCAAAUCUUGACCCCAAACUUUUAAAAUAGUAGUGUAUAUUAAUAUUGAAUAAUAAUAUUAGUAAUAUGUAAAUAGUAAGAUAUUAGAUAUUAGAUAUAGCAGGUGAGCUAAUUAUUUUAGUCCUUACUUGUCAGUACAUAUUUUUCAAAAAAUAUAUUUCUGAAUAAUAUAAUUUUACAUUUAAUGAGAAAAUUAGCAGCACGACAUAACUGUUUAUUGGAAAAUAACAAAGAAGAGGGAUUAUAACUGUAUUCGGAGUAACACGUUUUGACACUUGGAAGUAGAAUAAGGUUUGUUCAGUUAUUUGUCAAAGCAAAUUAAAUGUCUCACCAGCAGCAUUGUUUUGUCUUUGUAUUCUACUGUAACAAUAAAAGCAAUA